GGGAAGGUCCGUCGCAGCGGUGCGGGGCUGAGAGCCCGAAGUCCCUCCGGGUGGAGGGGGAACCAGAGGCCUCUGGGGCUCCGCGGCGUGCGGGGACCCCAGGAUCCUCGCCCCCGCCCGGGGCCUUCUCGUCUGGAUCCCCGCGGGCGGCGGUGGAUGGAGCCCCGCAGCCCGGCUCCCCCCGGUCUGGAGAUUCGGGCCGCAGCGAGAACGGCAUUUCCAAGGUCCAGGCAUGAAGGUUGCUGUGCUGGACCUGGGGUCUUUCUUUGCCAAGAUCUUCAAGACCUCGACGGCGUCCCCGGCGGUCCCCUCGGCUGCCGCCUCCUCCAGCCACUGCGGAGGACCUGCGGCCCCGGGGACCCCGCUUAGCAACGCCCAGACCCCGACCCUCUUCCCCGCCCUGGCUCCGGGCUCCCCGGCCGGCCCGCGCGCCGCGCCCGCCCCGCUGCACCCUCUGCUCACCGCCUCCUCCCCCAGGGUCUCGGCCGCCAGCCGCGCGGCGGAAGCAGCAGGGACCCCCCUUUCAUUGCCCAGCAGCCCGAGGGCGGCCAAAGUCCCGCCCCUGCCCCUGCCCGCGCCCCUGCCCCUACCCGCCUCCAGUGGCGGCCCCGCGGGCUCUCCCGCGCACCUGGGGGGCCCCGCGCGGCCACGGACCCCCAGCCAGCCCGGCCCCGGGGAGCCGGAGCCCGGCGCUUGGAUGCCCCCUGGGCCCGGCCCCAAAACCCUGUUCCUCACCCUGCCGGACAUUGGCGAGGAGCGGGCCUCGGACAGCGACUCGGAGGACGGCGGGGCCGUAAGAGGACUGUCAGAAGGAUAUAGAAAGCACAGUUUUGCUGUGAAAAGCAAAGAUCCUUUACCUACACAUUUUACAAGAAAUGUGCAGAAAGCCAUUAAUCAAUAUACCUGUGAGUCGUCACCGUUCUCUUCCAGUGGAAGCCACACGCCCACAGAAGCCCCCAACUCCUGGUCUGGGUCUGCCACACACAGCUCUACGCCUGGCUUGUCUACGGAGAGGAGCUCAGUUUAUUCUUGGAGAGAUGAUGAAUUUGACAAAGCCAAUGCACAGAAAGUGCAGCAGUUAUUCUGGGAGGUCGAGGAAAUGUUGUUUGAAGGGAAAGUAAGCCCCCAGACACAGAAUCUACUGGAUGAAUGCAGUGAGUGGACAAGAAGGUCCCUCCAUCUGAGAGUACUAGGAAGGCAGCUGAUGCCACCGGCCGAGGAAGGGUUCCGGCACUUCCAGGGCCAGGCGCCCAAUGCCGCGGGCCACAAACGCUUACGUGAUGCCUGUGAACACAGCAGCAGUGUCAGAGAGUUGUGCAUCUCUGGCUCCCACAUAGUCCCGGCAGCACUCUCAGCCUCUGCCCUGCCAGGCCGCGAUGGCACAGGGGUUGCUGACCUAAGGGCAUGUCCAUCCCUGGAAGAAGAGGUUUAUGAGGCAGAUGGAAAGAUUGAAGAGUAUUUUGCUUUUGAUAGAAAAGAGGAUGAUGAUGAAUGUCUUGAACAAAAGCCAGCUCACCACAGCAGGAAAUCGCAGAAACACGGACUUCCUCCUGUUUCCCCUCAUGACUGUAUUAAAGAUGCGGUGGCAGCAGAAGUGUUUGAUCAUGUCUGGAAAAAUGUGGUAGAAAUUUUGGAAGAGCUGAUUAGAAAAAACUGGGAAACUACGCUCACAGAAGGAAAAAAACAGAAAGAAAAAUUGAAAGUAGCUGAAAACAAAUCUCCACAUGCGCUCAUUUCCCGUUUCCCCGCUGAUAUAUCAAGUGUUCCCCCGUCCAGAAGUUCUGAAACCCGCAGCAUACCUCUGGCUUCCCAUCUUAAUCCACCCCAGAUUCAUCGCUUCUCUAACAAUUUUUAUAAUGAUUUGAACGGUGUGAUGACAAUUCAAGCAAAGCCACUUCAGCAGAGACCUACCUAUUUUGCAGAUAGGACACAGAACUCACAGGAGGAGAAAGCCCUGGGCGGAGGGGCCAACGCUCUUGCCUCCGCCAGGCCCCUGCUGGGACGCAUCUCGGACACGCGGGGAUUACAGACUUCUGCAAAGAAAACGCCGGUGCACAGGAGGCUGCCUUCUCUUGCUUCAGAUUCACAGAGAAUAAAAACCCCCAACGUGUACAGUGAUGAGGUUCUCAGGGGAACAAAACUGCAAACUGGCAUAGAACACAUGUCUUUCCCGCCAGCUCAAACCUCACGCAGCAGGUUACCCCCGAUAGGCUCAGACACCGGGGAGCGGAACACGGCAGUUCCUGGAUCCCGCCCUGUUUCUUACAGAGGAAGGCAUCCACAAAGCCGUGUGUUAAGUGCAAUGCCUAACAGUAUAGAACUGUCGCCUCUUAGAGAAAGAACUGUAACUCUGGAACAGCUUUCAAGGCCCAGCACAACCCAUACAUUCCGGUUAGAUACACCUCAAAAAGGUUCGUUGACGCCAAUGGAAUUUGCUGGUCACACAGGGACAGGUCAAAGUAUUUUGACAGGUUCACAGUAUCUGCCUAAAUCUUUUCAGAGGACAACUUUGGCUUCAAGGAAGAGAUUCCAAGUGGCAUCUUGAAAUUACUUCACCAAAACUACAGCAUUUACUGGAGCAUUCAAAGCCUCGGAACACUAUUUAUCACUUGAAAAAUGGAUGAACAAGUAUUAUUCUAUUUAUCUGUUUGUCUGACAGUGGGAGAUGUUAGACUGAGAGACAUACAAACAAAUAAAUUACUUAAUUUUGAACA